AUGAGUACGGUUAGCUGGAACUGCCGAGGUCUGGGGAGUCCUCGAACAGUUCGAGAAUUGUUGGGCCUUGUGUCCAAAAAACGCCCCAUGUUUGUGUUUCUAAUGGAGACUAAAGCCAAAAACGACCGUGUGGAGUCUGUACGCACACGAAUGGGCUACGAAGGGAAUUUUUGCGUGGAAAGGGAUGAAGAUGGUGAAGGUUUAGCUUUGUUAUGGAGGGAUAAGGAGGUAGCCACUCUCCUCGGAUACUCGUCAAACCAUAUAGACGUGAGUGUCUCCUUGCCCGGGAAGCCAUGCUGGAGAUUGACUUGCUUCUACGGCUAUUCGCAGAGUACCAGAAGGCAAGAGUCUUGGGACCUAUUACGUCAUCUAAAGGGACAGUCAAACUUACCUUGGUGCGUUAUAGGUGAUUUCAACGACCUUGCGUGCCAGUCAGAGAAGCGCGGUCCGCAUAUACAUCCUGAGUCCUUAAUCCAAGGUUUCACAACUGCCUUGGAAGAUUGUCAACUUCAGGACCUGGGGAUGAUUGGCAAUCGUUACACAUGGGAUCGUGGCCGAGGGACGGAUGCUUGGGUAGAAGAACGUUUAGACAGAGGCCUUGCGACAGCUGACUGGUCCGACAUUUAUGACGAAGCACUGAUUUUUAAUAUCAUAACAAUGUCGUCUGACCAUAAUGCUCUUUACAUGGAUGUUGAAGGGUUGCCUUCACAAACCGGAAGGAACAGGUUCCGGUUCGAAUCUGCAUGGCUUUUGGAUGACAGUUGCAGGGUAGUGGUGGAACGCUCAUGGGCUCUCUCGCUGGGUUUGAACUUUCAGAAGCGUGUGAACGAUUGUGGGCAAUGCCUAAAGCGUUGGGGAGGUGCGCACUAUGUACAAUUUGGUCGGCAGAUUAAUUUUUUACGUAGCAAACUGGCUCUUCUACGUGAUAAUAGAACACCGCAGGCAGUUGCUGAGUAUCUCUUAAUUGAGAAAGACUUAUCCAGGUUACUUACUCAAGAAGAACUCUACUGGCGACAGAGGUCGAAACAACUAUGGCUAAAGGAAGGGGACAGUAAUACUAAAUUUUUCCAUAAGUUCGCAACGGCUCGAAAGCGGGCAAACCGCCUAGCACGGAUCACAAAUUCUAGCGGGGAGUGGUUGGAAGGCUCUGCCUUAAACGAGGAAAUUCUAAGGUAUUACACCCAUAUUUUUCAUUCUGAAGCUACAAGUGUGAAUUUUUUCCAGCACGUCCAACGGCGGGUAACGGGAGACAUGAACGCAUCGUUACUUCGUCCGUUCACACACGAAGAGGUGAAGUUGGCUCUUUUCGACAUGGCCCCGGAUAAAGCCCCUGGUCCGGAUGGGAUGACGCCGAGUUUCUACCAGCGUUUUUGGCCUGUGGUAGGCCAUGAUCUGACCAGUUUUGUUUUGAGUUGUUUAAACAGAAAAAAUAUUCCAGAGAGACUUAACGAUACCACUAUCGUUUUAAUCCCUAAAAAGAAGGUCCCUGAGAAGGUUGGUGAUCUACGCCCGAUAGCUCUAUGUAACGUUGCCUACAAGGUGAUUGCCAAGGUUUUAGCAAACCGGCUAAAGGAGGUAUUAGAGGAAGUUAUUUCCCCAGCACAAAGUGCUUUCAUAAAGGAUCGUCUGUUGUCAGAUAAUAUCAUCAUGGCAGGAGAGAUUGGACAUUAUUUGAGACGGCAUAGACAAGGUGCUGUGGGUUGGUCCGCCUUAAAGCUGGAUAUGGCUAAGGCAUAUGAUCGCAUGGAGUGGAGUUUUUUGGAAGGAAUGUUUGGUGCCCUCGGGUUCGAUCCGGCUUGGACUGAGCUUAUCAUGAUGUGCGUCUCAACUAUUAAUUAUAAUAUUACAGUCAAUGAUGAAUCAGUUGGUGUGGUUACCCCCUCGCGUGGUAUAAGGCAAGGCGAUCCCUUGUCUCCAUAUCUCUUUAUCAUCUGUGCAGAGGGGCUUUCGACACUGUUUAGUAGGGCAGAAGCGAGGGGUGAUAUUCAUGGUUUGAAAAUUGCUCGUGGGGCACCACCGGUGUCACAUUUGCUAUUUGCCGACGACUGCCUUCUUUUUUUCAAGGCCUGUACACAAGAGAUGCAGGCAGUGAAAAAUGUGUUAGACUUGUAUUGUGCAGCUUCUGGACAACAAAUCAACUUUGAUAAGUCAAGUCUGAUGUUCAGUGCUAGUACAUCGCCCACUAUGCGGAUAGAUAUUGCGAAUUCCCUGGGAGUACGGCUAACGGAUGAUCUCGGAAAAUACCUUGGUCUGCUUUCUUUACUAGGACGGAACAAAGUUGCUACUUUCCGUUUUAUUGAGCACAAAAUAAGAGACAGAAUGGCGUCAUGGCGGACUAAAUUUAUUUCAAGGGCAGGAAAGGAGAUUCUUCUGAAAAGCAUAGCCCAGUCCUUACCAAUUUUUGCGAUGUCUGUGUACUUACUUCCACUCACUGUGUGCGACAGAUUGGAGAGAUUGAUGAAUCGCUAUUGGUGGGAGAACGGUGGAUCAAACAAUCGAGGUAUACCAUGGCUCAGUUGGACUCGUCUAUGUGCACCGAAGGAUAGAGGGGGGAUGGGGUUUAAGAAGUUACACGAGUUUAACCUUGCACUCCUUGCUAAACAAGGUUGGAGACUUAUAGUUUGCCCUACUUCUAUAGUAGGACGGGCUUUGAAAGCAAAAUACUUCCCUUCAUCUGACUUCCUGGAUGCUACGCUCGGGAAUAAUCCAAGCUAUAUAUGGAGGUCGAUCUUGGCAGGCAUACCAGUUUUGCGGGCAGGAAUGGUAAAACGCAUAGGAGAUGGUAAAGACACAACUAUUUGGGGGGCACCAUGGUUGGCAGACAAGGUGAACCCGAAGCUGUUAACGCCUAUAGUCGAGGAGUUGAAAUAUGCCCCGGGCACUUGGGACCUCGAGGUUGUCCAUGAUCUAUUUGAUCAAGCUGACGUCCCUAGGAUCAUUGCUACGCCUGUAUCACCUGAUUACAAGGAUGAAUGGUUCUGGAAAGAUGAUAUUCACGGUAGAUACAGUGUGCGUCAAGGAUAUCGGUAUCUUAUGCAGUCAAGUACACACGGUAACCAACAGAUGCAGUUCACAGAAUGGAGAAAUUUGUGGAAGUUGCCGGUUCCUCCAAAGAUCCGUAAUUUCCUGUGGCGUUGCAUGCGGGAUGUUCUUCCUUUGCGCGAAAAUCUCAGGGCCAAACAUGUAUGGGUGGGCGAGGCUGCCCUUUUUGUGUUCAUGACCAUGAAACACUUGAUCAUCUGUUCAUUGAUUGUCCAGUAG